GCUGGCAGAGAAGCUCGUGAACUGAAGAGAAGAAAAGAGGUGACAUUGAGUCGGUGAUUCUUUCCGAUCGAGUUGCGAUCAUCUUUUUUUAUAUUUCUAGCAAGAUGCCAGAACGUGCUAAAGCUUUGAAUAUGCACGUAGUGAAGCGCGAUGGAUGGGUGGAAACUCUUCACUUGGAUAAGAUUACUGCGCGACUUAAGAAACUUAGCUAUGGGCUUAGCAGUUACCGCUGUGACAUUCUCCUGGUAGCUCGUGAAGUUUAUGCCCGUGUCUAUGACGGGAUCACCACGAGUCAAGUUGACGAGUUGGCUGCUGAGACUGCUGCUUCCAUGGCUUGUAACCAUCCUGAUUAUGCCUCCCUGGCUGCAAGGAUUGCUGUCUCAAAUCUCCAGAAGAACACACAGAAAUCAUUUUCUGAGACGGUUGCGUACAUGUACAAUUAUGUCAAUGAGAGAUCGGGACUGAAUGCUUCUCUAAUAGCUGAGAAUGUAUUUUCGAUAGUUUCGGAGAAUGCUAAACGUCUGGACAGGGAGAUGGUAUAUGAUCGUGAUUUUGAAUAUGAUUACUUUGAAUUUAAGACGCUUGAGAGAUUAUACCUCUUGAAAGUCCAAGGGAAAGUCGUUGAAAGGCCUCAGCACAUGUUGAUGAGGGUUGCUGUUGGCAUCCAUUUGGGAGAUAUUGAUUCGGCAAUCAAAACUUACGAUUUGAUGUCUAAGAGAUUGUUCACUCAUGCAUCUCCUGCUCUCUUAAACGCAGGCUCGCCAAGGCCUCAAUUGAGCAGCUGCUUUCUUACCUGCAUGAAAGAUGAUAGCAUCGAGGGCAUAUACAAUACAGUCAAAGAGUGUGCUGUUCUACGCAAAUCUGCAGGCAGUAUUGGUGUUUCUCUUCAUAACAUCCGUGGCACAAAGGGAAUCUCUUAUGGUAUUGGUAAAAUGCUGGAUGUUUUCAAAGCUACUACUCGUUUUCUUGAUCAAGGAGGAGGUGAAGGAGGAGGCGUUACAGUAUACCUGGAGCCAUGGCAUGCUGAUAUCUCUGAGUUUCUAGAUCAUCUUUGGAAGAGCCACGGAAAGGAGAAGCACAGUGCUAGAGACUUGUUUUAUGCUCUCUGGGUUCCUGAUCUUUUCAUGGAGAGAGCCCUUGGGGAUGAGCAGUGGUCACUGUUUUGUCCUAAUGAAGCUCCAGGUUUAGCAGAUUGCUGGGGACCGGAAUUUGAGAGACUGUACACAAAGUAUGAAAGAGAGGGAAAGGCAAAGAAGGUCGUUAAGGCGCAGGAGCUUUGGAAUGAAAUCGUGACAUGCCAGCUAGAAACAGGAAUGCCAUACAUGCUUUUCAAGGACUCAUGCAACAGAAAAAGCAAUCAGCAAAAUCUUGGUACCAUAAACUCCUCCUCCGGCUUAUGCAGUGGAGUUAUUCAAUACAGCAGUCCAACAGAAACAGCUGUGUGCAAUCUUGCAUCCAUUGUUUUGCCUAGAUUUGUUAGGGAUAAAGAUGUUCCAAUGGACUCUCAUCCAUCUGAGCCUGCCGGCAGCCUGGGCUCAAAGAAUCGUUACUUUGAUUUUCACAGCUUAGCCAAGGUAACUGCUAAUGUUACUAAUGAUCUCGAUAGGAUAAUAGACGCAAAUUACUAUCCUCUAGAGAGUGCAAAAACUUCGAACAUGCGUCAUAGGCCUAUUGGUAUUGGUGUACAAGGUCUUGCAGACGUCUUUAUCCUCCUUGGAAUGCCAUUUGGUAGACCUCAGGCCCUACAACUGAAUACGGAUAUAUUUGAAACCAUAUACUACCAUGCUCUCAAAGCAUCUUCAGAGCUUUCUGCAAGAGAUGACGCGUAUGAGACAUAUAAAGGAAGUCCCAUGAGCAAGGGGAUUCUUCAACCUGACAUGUGGAAUGUGACUCCAUCAGACCGUUGGGACUGGGAUUUUCUUAGGGAUAUGAUAUUAAAAAAUGGAGUGAGGAACUCUCUUUUGGUAUCAUUGGCUGGGAACAACAAAGGUUUGGAGCCUUGUGCAUCAAACAUCAUCAAUAACGGAGGGUUAAGUGGUGAAUUCACAAUCGUGAAUAGGCAUCUUCUUCACGAUUUAACUAAUAUGGGACUUUGGUCUCAGAGAAUGAAAAAGGUUCUCACUAGUGAGAAUGGUUCUAUAGGAAAUAUCCCAGAGAUACCUGAUGAUCUGAAAGCAAUUUACAGAACUGCUUGGGAAGUUAAAAAAAAAACUUUGGUCAAGAUGGCUGCUGGUCGUGGAGGCUAUGUAGAUCAAAGUCAAAGCUUUAACAUUCACUUGAAUGAACCGAGCCGCCUCAAUGUCACUGACUUGCACUUCUACACUUGGUUUCAGGUUUGA